CUCUAGGGAUGGUGUGCAUACCACCGAGGUCGAGCUUGCUUCCAAGAUACUAGAUUGCGAUGGUGAACGUAUCCGGAACACACUGUCACACGAGAUGUGCCAUUUGGCGUGUUGGAUCAUUGACAAAGACCCAAAAGAAGGACACGGCAGACUGUUUAAAGCAUGGGCCGAUAAAGUAAUGCGAAAGCGUAAAGAUAUUGAGAUUUCUACAAGGCAUAACUACGAAAUAUCGUAUCCUUACGAAUGGAAAUGUGACCAGUGCUCGAAGAUAUACGGGCGUUACAGCAAGUCCAUACGUCCAGAUGAAUGCGUGUGUGGGGCAUGCAGAGUUGGAAGAUUAAUUCCACUUUUCGCGCAAAGAACACCGCGAGUUGCAAAGACAAGACGUAGUAUUCUCGCUGCGGGUACUUCAUCAGUACUCGACAUAAAUGGCGACGCCGAUGUGAACUCGGAUAUUGGAUUAUU